UUCAGUCAUGGCGGACCAUACGGAACACGACCCGACCUUGACAGACGACGAAUACGAAGUCGAUGAGCUUCAAGACUGGGACGAUUGGAACGCAGACGAAGCAGAUGAACAAGAAGAGAGCUCAGACUUGGACUCGGAAUUGCUCUGCCUCUUCUGCGACUCCAAGUUCACUUACUGCGAUGAACUGUUCGAUCACUGCAGCGCCACUCACCAUUUCGAUUUUCGCGCCAUCCGGAAUGCCCUGGGCUUAAGUUUCUACAGCUCCUUCAAGCUUAUCAAUUACGUUCGUUCUCAGGUUUUCGACUGCAGAUGUUGGAGUUGUGGGCAAAGGUGUCAGUCCAGCAAAGACUUACUAAAUCAUUUACAUGAAACAGUUGAUUUGAAAGACAUUAAACCUAUAUGGGAUAGUGACGUGUUCCUCAAGCCUUUUUUGGCAGACGAUGCGGUCUUGUAUAGUUUUGGUGAAGAUGAAGAAGGCGACGAUGAGUACAAUGUGGCGGUUGACAAGGACGAACUUAUGAGUGAUUUGCGGCAUUUUGAAGAGAUUUGCAUUGAUCAUCAGAUUCAUGUGGAGAAGAUUGCUAGUGAUUCUGACAACUGUUGUGAGAGUGGGAAAAAGGAUGGUGAUCUGUUAUCAAAUGGCUGCUUGAACACAGCUAGCUCUUCUGGAAUGGUGACUGCCAAUGGUGUGAAUUCAGGAGAGUAUGUUGGUUCAUCUGAGAGAAAGACAAAGGGAAAGAGUAUAAGAACAUAUGUUCCAAAUCAUGGUUCAAAGGAUAUGAAGAAUGUCAAUGAUGAUUACUUUGCUUCUUACAGCUCAUUUGUCAUUCACAGAGAAAUGCUCAAUGAUAAGGUGAGAAUGGACGCUUAUGGACAAGCUAUUUUAAAGAAUCCCUCUCUCUUGAAGAGUGCAGUAGUGAUGGAUGUAGGUUGUGGCACAGGCAUACUUAGUCUAUUUGCAGCGCAAGCAGGGGCUUCAAAGGUAAUUGCAGUUGAAGCAAGUGAGAAGAUGGCUUCAGUGGCAACUCGGAUAGCAAAAGAUAACGAUCUUCUGUUGAAGAGUUCAGUUGACAGUACUACCCAUGGCACUGGGGUAAUAGAAGUGGUUCAAGGUAUGGUUGAGGAGCUUGAUAAAUCCAUGGUGAUUCAACCUCAUAGUGUUGAUGUAUUACUGAGUGAAUGGAUGGGGUAUUGCCUACUUUAUGAGGCAAUGCUCAGUUCAGUACUCUUUGCACGAGAUAAGUGGUUGAAACCUGGAGGCGCCAUGCUCCCUGACACUGCAACAAUUUUUGUUGCUGGAUUUGGAAAAGGUGCUACGAGUCUUCCAUUUUGGGAAAGUGUAUAUGGUUUCAACAUGUCUUGUGUUGGCAAGGAGCUCGUUGAUGGCGCUGCUAAAGUCCCUAUAGUUGAUGUCGUGGAAGAUCAUGGUUUGGUGACCAGUGCUGCUAUUCUCCAGACCUUUGACUUGGUUACUAUGAAGCCAGAUGAAGUCGAUUUUACUGCUAGUGUUGUGUUGGAACCAAACUGUGAUGGUGCAACUAGUGGCUCAAAUGGGUUGAAAUCUGAAACAACUUGGUGUUAUGGAAUUGUCUUGUGGUUUGAGACUGGUUUUACCAGCAGGUUCUGCAAGGAAAAGCCAGCUGUUUUGUCCACAUCCCCAUAUACUCCUCCAACACACUGGAUGCAAACAAUUUUGACAUUUCCUGAACCAAUUGCUGUGACAUCAGGGAAAUCUUGCGUGGACAGAUCAGCAGCAGUUGGCACUGAAGUUUGUCCCGCUGCAAGGAUACAGUUGCGCAUUAGUAUUGCCCGUGCUUCUCAACAUCGUAACAUUGACAUUUCCCUGGAAACUACUGGGAUUGAUCUUCAUGGCCGAAAACACAGCUGGCCUGUUCAACUCUUUAAUCUAACUUAGUCUGAUGAAAAAGAUCCGGGAUCCUGAUUGUCGGAGCUUCUCAACAAUUCAAAAAUGACAAUUCCUCGAAUCUUCUGCAGCUUUAUGAUCAGAGACACAGCCGACCUGUGCCAACAGUUGCUCAAAAUCCAAUCACGCUGGGGAAAUCAUCCGUAUUUGGCUGCUGGUGUAGAUCGGGUUUGAAUCCUUUGUUGCUCCACUUUUCACCUGUUGAUUUUCUAUCAUAUGUUACCUUUUGCCUAUUUUGUUCAAAACUGUGAGACAUCUUCCAAACUUGCAAUUGGUUCCCUUUUGAAGCAAACAUGGUAGUCACUAUAGUGCUCUGGUCUCACUGUAAUGUGUGUAGCUGUGAUACAAGCCUAACAGAUUAAUCCACUUUUGGGAGCAGCUAUAACCCGUGGAAAUGUGUCAUUAGAAAACCUCUCUUUCUGCAGUACUACCAUCUCAAUUUAGCUUC